UCGGCACGAUGCAGCCGUGCCUGAUGCUGGUCGCGCUCGCCGCGCUGGGCGCCGCCGCCGCCGCCGCCGCGCGCGCGGGCUACGAGCGCGAGAUCGACGCCGGCCGCUACAACCAGGUGCCGCGGCUCACCGACUACGUGCUCAGCCAGGAGUUCCUGGCGGCGCACAAGAACCGCGCCAAGCUCGUCACCAAGUGGCGGCCCGAGGAGGCCAUCGCGUCCGACAACGUGAUCCUGGAGUCGAACGUGGUGCGCGUGGUGAAGCCGCGGCGGCGGGAGGGCGAGGAGCUGGUGCGGCGGCGGCGCGGGUACAACCUGGAGCACGUGCAGGUGCCGGCGCGCUACCCCUACCUGCCCGUCGCGCGGUUCAACCGCUUCCGCCGCUGGGGGUAGCACCACACCCUGCAGUGUUUGUGAUCCAAGACUAUCAUUAUGUUGUUGAUGCGAAGUGGCUGUGUUCGGACACUCAGUAGAGCCGUGUUCAGAGCGGCUGAGUGCAGCGGUUGUCAGAACAACCGGGUUCUAGUGAAACAGUCGAUGAAACGCUAUGAUAACGAAUAGGUAUAAGUAAUUAUGUUAUUAUUAAAGAUUAUGAUAUAAGAACUUAAUAAUUAUACUUUAAAAUUA